AACGGCACGAAGGCAGAGCAAUGCUCACUCAGCGCAUCCGAGGGAGAUUGCACACUGCGCAUCCACGGAGGGAAAUCUUCUUUAGGAACGCGCGGGAAGAUGAACGAACCCGCUCGCUCCUUGGCCGCUUCCAGUGGAAGCAUCAAGGUCGAGUUCGCGAAGAACAGAUGCAGAUCCGUCAUCGAUCGUAUCCAAGCCCUGCCUCCAUCCAAAAUCACCGAUUCCUGCAAACGGACCCUCAUCAAAUUGGCAGAUUCCGAGCUUAAAUUCCUCUCCCGUCUCUCCCUUCCUCAUGAUUUCUCUGGUUCGAUCAGUGUUAAUGUCGGUUACCUCGAGUCAGUUGUUCAUGUUCUUCAGCAGCCAUUUAUAAGUGGAGUGUCACGUGUAUGCAAGCCUAUUCCACUAUCUUCACCUCAUGGAAGGAAAUGUGAUUCCCGUUCAAAAGGCAUCCAUGUUGAUAUAGUUUGUACCGUUGACGGGAACCCUUUCUGGUUUAUCAUAUCAGAUAGGAACCCAAAGUACAUUACGUGGUUAGGUUCUCACAGACAUAAAGGGUUACGAACACGUGUAGAACAUGUUCUGGUAGCAGCCUGCUCUGCACUGACCCUGAAGCCAUUGUCAGUCGUCCUUUUCUUUUCCAAUGGGAUCAAUGAGAUUGUCGCUCAGAAGCUCCAAGAUGAAUUCGGGGCCUCUGAGUUUCAGGCUGAGUUCUCUCUUCCCGAUUCCAGUAUUUUCACAGAAUUAGAAGAGGAGUGGGUUUAUGUAACUGUGAGAGGGAAACCUUCAGCAUUCCAGCUAAAUAUCGACUGCAUUGAGAAAAGUGAAUUGAGUUUGGACCAUGGCAUGAAAGAUCCUGUUAUGGGAGCUGCUAAUCUAGAACCAACUGAAAAUCACGAGGGAUUUAUUUCAACUGAUGCAUUCAGUUCUCUGAUUUCAACAAUGAGAUCGAACUUCAUGGGUGUGGUUGCUGCUAAACCAGAAGCGAUCUCGGGCGAGAAUCUGAUAAAUUUUGAUACAACGGCUUUGGUCGCACUUGUGUCAGGAAUAAGUAAUGGUGGCGCAGAACGGCUGUUGACAGCAACAGAAAGUGAGAUGAGAAAGCUUUUUAAGAACAAUGUCAAGUUCGUGAUGGCACAGGUGAUGUCCGAGCUUCAGAAUCCAAUUCUAGGGGAAUUGAGUGGUGUGCUAUCUUGUAAGAGAGGUGUCAUCUGUGAAAGUGUUCUUUUGGAGUUCAAGGAGCUUGUGUCAAUGUAUGCAGGACCCAAUGAGAAGUCGAGAGCAGAUCGAUUACUAAAACAGCUCAUGUUUGUUCCAGAUAGUCCUUCCGAGCGGAUGAUGAGCCUGCCCACUACAAGGAAGAUUGCACUGAAGAACAAGGUCGUUUUUGGGACAGGAGAUUACUGGCGGGCUCCUACUUUGACAGCAAACAUGGGAUUUGUGAGGGCAAUUUCACAGACCGGUAUGUCGUUAUUGACUCUGGAGCAUAGACCCCGUGCACUGGUCAGUGAUUAGGUCUACCACACAGCAGUGGCACUGGUUUUGGGUGGGAUUCAGUUACCAAAGUGGCAGGUAGUAGGAACAAGAGCGGCUGCUGAAAACGGAAAAUAAGCUAUUUCACAAACCGAAGCUACUGGAGACGAAAUUUUGAAGAGACAUGGCAAAGAAGGUAACAAAAGAGCUAUUUUAAGACCUUGAAGUGUUUAGGAAUCAUGAAGACCACGAAGUGUCUGGAGCAGUAAGCGCGGCACAAUAUAUACACUGGACACUCGAGAUAGUAACCCCAAGAACGAUUGCUAUUUUACAAAGAAUUUCAAGGAAAUGGAAAUUUUAGUAGACAUUAUAAAUUUCAAGAUGUAAAUUAAAGUUUAACUUCUAACAUUUGCCUGCUAUUUUAGA